AUGGCAUCUCCAUUCAACAUGCUUAAAGAUCUUGACCUUGCUGCUGCUAAUCAAGUUUGGCGUAUCAAGAUUUGUGUUAUCAAGAUAUGGUCUAUUAUCAUAGGUGAAGAGAAGUUUAGGAGGCCCAACUUGGAACUGGUUGUUAUGGAUGAAUUAAAGUACAAGCCAACAACCCAUGCUUUUCGUGUUUUCUUCAAGAGGGAAACUCAGUGUCGUUCAUUAGGGGAUAUUAACUUCCCUAACAAUAUUUUUCACUUUGUCCCAAAUGAAAUGAUACUUAGUCAUGAUAAUCACCACUCUCACUUGAUAGAGUUCACAAAAAAUGGAAAGAAGUCUAUAUACAUGGUGAUUGAGCUUGAUGAUAUGAAAUCUAAGGGUAAAAUAAGGUGUACUUUGUGGGAGGAUUUUGCUAAUAAACUGGUGAAACACAUGGAGGAACAGCCUUCUACUGAAUUUAUAAUCAUCCUGCAGUUUGCCAAGUUUAACAUGUUCAAGGGAACUAUGGGCAUAUCUAAUACAAACUAUAACUCUACCCUAUACAUUAAUGCUGACCUUCAAGAGGUUAAGGAAUUUAGACAGAGAUUUAUUAUGGGAAAUGACAAGGCAUCUAACCAGCUUUCUCAAAUUGCAUCUGAUGUUUCAAUGUCACUUGAGCAAGAUCUUAUUAGCCAUACCCCAUACAAGCCCAUUUCUGAACUUAAGGACACCACUGAGGGUAGAAUAUUUGUUACUAUUGGAACAGUCAUGUCCAUUGAUACUAGAUUCGGUUGGUGGUAUAAGGGGUGUAAGAUGUGCUUUCAUUCACUCAAAGAGGAUGAGAAUUCAUACUAUUGCCAAUCAUGUGAUAUUUAUCCUAAUAUUCAUAUUUCUCGUUACUGUAUUCACCUCAGAGUAUCUGAUGAAAUGGAUUCUGCCUCAUUUAUUAUUUAUGAUAAGGAAGCCUCCAAGUUUCUUGAAAUUUCUGCUUCCGAGCUUCGAUUGAAACAGAUAGCAAAGGGUUACAACAAGGAUGAAUUUCCCUCUGAGAUAAACUCAUUUAGAGGUAAGAAGUUCCUAUUCAAGGUUUCUGUCAAGUUCGAUGAUAUCAAUGCUUUCCAACCUUGUAAGAUAACUGUUUUGAAGUUGACUGAAGAUCCAACUAUCCUGAAUUUGUUUGCUGCCAAGUACAAGCUAUCUGAUCCGAACAUCCCCAUUGAAAACUCCGAGCUUCAAAGCUUGCAUACAUAUUCUACUGAUAAUGCUAAGGAGAUCAGUUCUCAGUCAUGUGAAAUUAUUUCUCUUGACGUUAAUGAUGACUUUGUUACUCCCAAGAGAGGUAUUAUAGCUGGUGUAAUGACAAAAAAAUUGGUAGAUGUUUUUCCAGAGACUGCCACUACUUCCACUUCCAAAUGUAGAAAGCUCUCUCAUGAUUCUGACUGCAGCUCAAUCAAAAAGCAUGCUGACUAA